AUGGAUCAAGAUUUACAACGUUGCUUGAAUCUAUUAAAGGAGAACGAUGAAAAUGUUCGAUGCAAUGCCGAAAGUGCAUUAUUCACUGUCUGUCAGAACAUCUUGUCUCAUCCGAAUGACAAACAGUUUAGAGAGGUGUGUCUGGAUGAUCCUAUAGUUGAGAAACUGCUUCCUGCUAUUGGGGCCAUGGAAUGCUUAUUUGACAUAGGAUUCAUUGAGGCAGCUGAUUCUCUUAUCUUACCACCAGAAGCAUCGCUCUCUAAGUUACAGGCUCUAGAAAAUCUGCUUUCUGAAACAUGUUGCAUAAGCACAGUUACUGUAGACAACACUGCAGCCUAUAAUUUAUUGCCUAAAACAACUGAUCCGAAAGAAAGAGCUUUCUUAACCAAAAUUGUCCAUGAGUUUCAAAGGAUUAUGCAUUUCGAUAAUCCAAUUCUACAGAAGAAAGCUAGGAAGCUGAUACCUAUAACAGAGCUCAAGAUAGCAACCAUGAAUAGAAUAAGAGAACUACAAGCACGAAUUAAGCUAAGCAAAGAGAGUCUAGAGGAACCCACUGAGAGACAAUAUAAAGAGAGUGACAUUGAUACGGAGCAAUUGUUUCUCAUGGAGGUUAUGCAUUGGUUUAAAUACAAAUUCUUCACAUGGGUUGAUAGUCCCAAUUGUUCUGCAUGCUUAGGUAGUUGUGAAUAUAACGACGUUGUACGUUCUGAAGAUCCAAGAUGUUCAACAAUAGAAAUACAUAAGUGUACUAAUUGCAAGGCACUUGUCAAAUUUCCGCGUUACUUUGAUCCAGAACCGCUACUGACUUUGAGACGCGGACGUUGUGGAGAGUGGGCGAAUGUAUUCACGCUACUCUGCCGAUCAUUAGGAUACGAUUCCAGAUUUGUAUGUGACCAAACAGAUCAUGUUUGGACAGAGGUAUGGUCCAUACAUGAAAAGAGAUGGAUUCAUUUAGAUCCAUGCGAAGAUGUCAUAGAUCGUCCUCUGAUGUAUGAAAAAGGCUGGAAGAAGAAAUUGUCGUACAUAAUAGCAUAUUCAAAGGAUGAGAUACAGGAUGUUACGUGGCGAUAUACACGGGACCAAGUAGGCGUAAUGAAAAGAAGAAAUAUCUGUAGCGAAAAUAAUUUGUUGCAACUCAUUGAAUCACUGAACAGACACCGACAGUGUGCCGCCAAUUACAGUGCCUCGCGUAGGGAAUACUUGAUCAAGCGGAGAUUAUUAGAACUCGUAGAAUUAAUACAUAUGCCGAAUGAACAGAAUUCCGAUGUUCAUGACAACUAUCAAGAAAGAUCUACUGGUUCGUACAAGUGGAGACUACAAAGAGGAGAAGUUUCUCAGGCAUUUUCGGGAAGAAACUAUUCCUGGGACAUUUCGAAAAACGGAGAAACAUUUCACUUAAAUUAUUCGGUUGUUAAGGACACAUAUCAGGUACUAAAUGGGGAGGGUAGAAUAUUAGAACAAAUGUCUGGUUGGCAGAGUGGUGUGAAUGAGGUAGAAGGCGGGAUAUUCCGUAAAACGGAGAACGAUUGGAAAAUGGUGUAUCUUGUUCGUUCUCCUGAAGCCACGUGUGGCCAAGUGAAAUGGAAUUUUGUAGUGAGCAAUCCAAACUUAUGUGUAUCGAAGUUUUAUUUGCAAACUGUGAUAAAGGUAUUUCAUGAAGCUAAUGUAACAUGGCAAUUGAAAGCAUUCUUUGACAACACAGAUGAAAGUAGGUCCGUAGUGAUCCAUAUCAGUGACUGUACCGAUUAUUACACAGACCUGUUAGAGGGAGCAGUAAAAAUAAUUCUUUCGGUUAAAUUUUCCGGUGGCCAAGGAGACUGCGCAUGGCAACACGCACAAAUUUUUCGAGAAAGUUUAGAAGUGAAAGAAGAUCGGUCCUUCAUAGUUAAUAUUGAAUUAAAAAAACGGUAGUCAUACUCUACGCAUAUGUAUAGGUUUUAAAUUACAUGCAUGAUCCUAGCGGGGCAGGUUAACAAAAUUUAAAAAAUGCAAUAUUAUAAAUAAAGACAUUCCACGUUUAGUAUUUUAUUUAAUUGAAAGGAUAUAGGAAAUCAGGAUUUUUGAAUCGUUGCUCAUUUAGAAAGAAAUGUAAAUUGUAAAUAAAGGCGAAUUCUCGUGAGUUUAUAAGCUUGAAAGAUUUUAUUUCAUAUAUAAAAUAAGCACACAAGUAAUGGCACUUUAGAAAUAAUCGUGUCUGAUGCAUAAUAAAUAAUUCAUUAAUAACAACUUCACAAGCAUGAAUAGCACUUGAACACAAUGCGCUUAUUGUUGAACGUU